UGGAUAAGCAAUAAUCCAAUUCCCGAAGAUAUGCCAAGCUAUGGGGUUUAUCCUUGGCUGAGACAUAAUGUUGACCUCAAGUUGAAGGAACUUUUGGAGAAAUCAAUCAGUAGAAGGCGGGACACCGAAGCCAUACAGAAAGCGAAAAUCCUUUAUUCAUCCUGCAUGAAUGAGAAAGCGAUUGAAAAAGCAGAUGCCAAGCCACUGCUACACAUCCUACGGCAUUCACCUUUCCGCUGGCCUGUGCUUGAAUCUAAUAUUGGCCCUGAAGGGGUUUGGUCAGAGAGAAAGUUCAGCCUACUGCAGACACUUGCAACGUUUCGUGGUCAAUACAGCAAUUCUGUGUUCAUCCGUUUGUAUGUGUCCCCUGAUGACAAAGCAUCCAAUGAACAUAUCUUGAAGCUGGACCAAGCAACACUCUCCCUGGCCGUGAGGGAAGACUACCUUGAUAACAGUACAGAAGCCAAGUCUUAUCGGGAUGCCCUUUACAAGUUCAUGGUGGAUACUGCCAUGCUUUUAGGAGCUAACAGUUCCAGAGCAGAGCAUGACAUGAAGUCAGUGCUCAGAUUGGAAAUUAAGAUAGCUGAGAUAAUGAUUCCACAUGAAAACCGAACCAGCGAGGCCAUGUACAACAAAAUGAACAUUUCUGAACUGAGUGCUAUGAUUCCCCAGUUCGACUGGCUGGGCUACAUCAAGAAGGUCAUUUACACCAGACUCUACCCCCAUCUGAAAGACAUCAGCCCCUCCGAGAAUGUGGUGGUCCGCGUCCCGCAGUACUUUAAAGAUUUGUUUAGGAUAUUAGGGUCUGAGAGAAAGAAGACCAUUGCCAACUAUUUGGUGUGGAGAAUGGUUUAUUCCAGAAUUCCAAACCUUAGCAGGCGCUUUCAGUAUAGAUGGCUGGAAUUCUCAAGGGUAAUCCAGGGGACCACAACUUUGCUGCCUCAAUGGGACAAAUGUGUAAACUUUAUUGAAAGUGCCCUCCCUUAUGUUGUUGGAAAGAUGUUUGUAGAUGUGUACUUCCAGAAAGAUAAGAAGGAAAUGAUGGAGGAAUUGAUUGAGGGCGUUCGCUGGGCCUUUAUUGACAUGCUAGAGAAAGAAAAUGAGUGGAUGGAUGCAGGAACGAAAAGGAAAGCCAAAGAAAAGGUGAGAGCUGUUUUGGCAAAAGUUGGCUAUCCAGAGUUUAUAAUGAAUGAUACUCAUGUUAAUGAAGACCUCAAAGCCAUCAAGUUUUCAGAAGCCGACUACUUUGGCAACGUCCUACAAACUCGCAAGUAUUUAGCACAGUCUGAUUUCUUCUGGCUAAGAAAAGCCGUUCCAAAAACAGAGUGGUUUACAAAUCCAACGACUGUCAAUGCCUUCUACAGUGCAUCCACCAACCAGAUCCGAUUUCCAGCAGGAGAGCUCCAGAAGCCUUUCUUUUGGGGAACAGAAUAUCCUCGAUCUCUGAGUUAUGGUGCUAUAGGAGUAAUUGUCGGACAUGAAUUUACACAUGGAUUUGAUAAUAAUGGUAGAAAAUAUGAUAAAAAUGGAAACCUGGAUCCUUGGUGGUCUACUGAAUCAGAAGAAAAGUUUAAGGAAAAAACAAAAUGCAUGAUUAACCAGUAUAGCAACUAUUAUUGGAAGAAAGCUGGCUUAAAUGUCAAGGGGAAGAGGACCCUGGGAGAAAAUAUUGCUGAUAAUGGAGGCCUGCGGGAAGCUUUUAGGGCUUACAGGAAAUGGAUAAAUGACAGAAGGCAGGGACUUGAGGAGCCUCUUCUACCAGGCAUCACAUUCACCAACAACCAGCUCUUCUUCCUGAGUUAUGCUCAUGUGAGUAGACUGAGGAAGGGGCAUCGGGGAUGA